GGGGAGGUAGUUUCAGGUAGUUUACUAGCAUCACGUCCGGAACGCCUGCCGAUUCGCGUUGUGCAGUCUGUGGCGGUGCAACCGCUCCAGCGUGCCUUCGGGUGAUUGGGGGUUGUCACGCGUCAUCGGCGGCAGCGUGCUCGCGCUAAGUGAAGGAGUGAUGAAACAGGAUGAGAAAAAGGUGCGUAGUUCAGUGACCCUCUGUUUUUGUUACCAAAAACUAAGGUGAAAACUAAAAACGAAGAAGGUCUGACAACACAAGAGAGAAAAAGUUCAUUAUGAACUGGGGCAAAAAGAAGUUAUCUUAAGCAGCAGGAGUUUAUAUGUGCUGCACCCAGGCCCGCCGAGCUAGGUAAACGCCCCAGGGGGUUAGAGGAGAAGUCUAGCAGGUCCCUAGUGCUGUAGGAAGUUGAUAACUUAGAUUUUUGUAUGUUGGGCAGUUGCUGCUGUCCGGAGGCGUCCACACUGCCUGAUAGUAGUCGUCCGCCCGUGGUGCAAAGCAUCGCGUUGUUCCCUGCCCCGGUCGUUCGAGCUUGAUGGUAAGAGGCCACCGCCGCCGCCCCACUCCACUCCACUCCACUAAAGCGUAGAACUGAACUGAACUGAACUUGCCCCUGGACGGGCAGGUAGUAGUGGUAGAUUUGUUUUUGCUUGCAAAAACAAAAGGACGUGGCGUCUUUAUCAGUUUGAGAAAAGUUGUUGUGUAAAAAUGAAAAGUAGAUGCGGAGAAAUGAAAGGAAGCCUUCUUCGAGAAUUUGCGUAUUCCGAGCUCCUUGCGCAGCCCCUGCAGGUGGUUUUCGAGCAAAGAGAUUAGAAGGGGUCCUCGGCCCUCCGUCCUCGAAGGAUGUUUUUCGUAUUUCUCUCCUUUGGUGGUUUCCGCUUGGUGGAAAACAACUAAAGAACGCUUUUAUCUGGUAACCUUUUCGUGACGUGAAGUCAUAGUGUAAAAUUCAAUUAGAAAUAAAUUUUCAGACAGAUAUCAAAGAAAUGAUUAGCGCUAAUGCAACAACAAAUCAGGGAGACUAAUUGUAAUUCUAAUUCUCCACACGUGUAUGAUGGAGUUUAAUGUAAAAAUCAAAUCUCCGCUUUAUUUUCCUGUUAUACAAGUUUUACUUACAACAGAGUCAGAACCCGACAGAACAAAUUCCCUGCGCGGCCGGGGACGACGAGAACAGCACGCGCUACGGACGACGACGAGAGAGCUGCACAGGGUCUUAGGUAUGAUCUAUAAUCCGGUGGCAGGACUGCACGUGCUGGUGUGUCCGGGCCAGGAACUACUUUUUCGCAGCACUGCUUCGUGUAAGAUUUUUGAACGAGAAGAACUCCGCCCAGCAUUUGAUUGUUCCUCGCUACUAGGAAAAAGAAGUACUAUAAUGCCACGGCCGCGGAAAUUAAGGCUAUAG